AAACGUGGUCGUGGUAUUGGUCGUUAUAAUGGACCUAGCCGGGGAAACAAACAGAGUAGUAGCUCUUACAAAGGCAAGGGAAAUCAAAACCCCCAUCAAACAAGAGGCCCGACGAAAUCUUCAGAAAAGGCUAAAGUCACUUGUUUUAAAUGUGGCACGUCAGGACAUUGGGCAAAUAAGUGUCGCACACCUACACAUUUGGUUGACUUAUAUAAAUCAUCUCUAAAAGGAAAGAAUGUGGAAACUAAUUACGUCAACGAAAACGUUCCACCAAUGCCCACAUUUAAUAUGUCUGAUUUCUAUAUGGAUAAUAAUGAGAUGAACACUGACAUCGUCAUGGGUGAAAAAUAAUAAUAAUAAAAAUGAAAUUAUUCUGUUAUGUAAUAUAUUCUACAAUAAAAGUUUGUUGUAUUGUAAUUUUUAUUUGAUAUGCUUGUUUCGGUUGUAAAAGUUAUGUACAUUUUAAUGAAUAAAUUCUUGUUUAUAUUGCAAUAUUGAACUAAUAUUUGUUCAUUUUUAUCUUUUUAAAGAUAUGGAGUUAACUGAAAUUUCUCCAAAUGGCUUUGAACAAUGUUUAAUAGACAGUGCCACAACGCACACCAUUUUGAGACAUAGAGAUUAUUUUUCUCAUAUGACAUUAGUUGAUGCUAAUGUCAAUACAAUCUCAGGUGUUGCUAAACUCAUUGAAGGUUCUGGAAUAGCCUGUGUAAUUCUCCCAAAAGGGACAAAAUUAAUAAUUAAAGACGCUUUAUACUCCAGUAAAUCACGGAGAAAUCUUUUGAGUUUCAAAGAUAUGCGUCUAAAUGGUUUUCACAUUGAAACCAUGUCUGAAAAUCAAAAGGAAUAUUUAUGUCUAACGACAAAUAGAUCUGGCAAUAAAUACAUUUCAGAAAAAAUGCCAGCAUAUUCCUCCGGACUAUAUUAUACAUAUAUCAGUCCAAUUGAGAUAAAUGUGGUAUCUAAAAUUAAUGACCACAAUUCCUUUAUCUUGUGGCAUGACCGUUUAGGUCAUCCAGGCAGCACUAUGAUGCAUAAAAUUAUUCAAAAUUCACUUGGCCAUUCAUUAAAUAAUGUCAAAAUUCCACAAUCAAGUGAUUUCUCAUGCACAGCCUGUUCUCUUGGCAAAUUAAUUAUCAGGCCAUCUUUAUACAAAAUUGGAGUUGAAUCUCCUGCAUUUUUAGAAAGAAUUCAAGGAGAUAUUUGUGGGCCAAUUGCCCCUCCGUGUGGACCCUUUCGAUACUUUAUGGUGCUCAUUGAUGCAUCAACACGUUGGUCACACGUCAGUCUUUUAUCGACUAGAAAUUUUGCAUUUGCAAAUCUCCUUGCUCAAAUUAUUCGUUUGAGAUCACAAUUUCCGGAUUUUUCAAUAAAGAAAAUCCGACUUGAUAAUGCAGGGGAAUUUACAUCCCAAUCUUUUAAUGACUAUUGCAUGUCAAUUGGGAUUGAUGUGGAACAUCCAGUUCCACAUGUGCAUACACAAAAUGGUCUUGCUGAAUCCUUAAUUAAGCGAUUACAAUUAAUUGCUAGACCAUUAUUGAUGAAAUCCAGAUUACCAUCAUCUGCAUGGGGAUAUGCUAUAAUGCAUGCUGCAAAUUUAAUUAGGCUCAGGCCAACUGCAUAUCAUAAAUUUUCCCCAUUGCAAUUAAUAUCUGGUAAAGAACCAAAUAUAUCACACAUAAAAAUAUUUGGUUGUUCUGUGUAUGUACCAAUUGCUCCACCUUAUCGUACUAAAAUGGGUCCUCAAAGAAGGCUGGG